AUGGAGGCCGCUACCAGACAAUGUAGGACGUGCCUGUCGGUCAGUGAGUCUGAAUAUUUGAGCAUUUUUGCGGAAGAGAACAGAUCGAAGAAAAUUGACACAGUUAUCGCUACACAUCUGUGGUUUGAGGUAAUUGCCACUGAUAAUUGCCAAUGGGUUUGCCAGAUCUGUUGGUCGAAACUGGAAGAGUUUCACAAUUUCUACGUUAGCAUCGAAGAGACACAUAAACAAGGAACAAACCAUGGAGAUAGUGAUAGUGUGGCUGCCAAACCAUCUUCUGCUUCACCAACGAUUUGCAACGGUCCUACGUACAAUACUGAGUUCCUGGAGAUAAAAGGAGAACCGUGCGAUAUCGAGGAGUUUGAUGAUGACGGAUACAGUUUAGCGGGAAGCAGUCCCGGAGAUAAAGUAUUAUCCAGUGCCGAUAUAAAGAGUGAAGAAUCGGAGGAGAGCGAAAGUGAGUCGUCUCAAAUACUGGACGAAGGAACGCGAAAAAGAGAAAAGUCUACACGACGAACUCGGCAGUAUAAAGUUUCGAAGCAGUCUUCGGGUGAGCGUCUUGCAAAGCGAAAGGCUGGUGGACGCUUCCCGACGGAUCCGGAAGAGGACAAGAACAUACUGCAGUUCUACAGACGUAUUGUGUGCGAGGUAUGUGACAACAAGCGGAUGAUGGUAGGCGAACCACUCAUAGAGUACGCGACCUGGGGUGAACUGUUGCGGCACACGAAAGAGCUGCACGGCCAUUAUAAGAUCUUCGUGCAGUGCCCCGUGUGCGAGAUGAAGAUGCGCACGAAGGUGACGUUAGUACAGCACAUGGACAUGCACCAGAAUCCGGAGAAGUAUCGAUGCGAGGUGUGCGGCGAGGUGUUUCAGAACAUGAAGGAGCACAUGCAGAACAAACACGAAGAACGCCAGUUUAGUUGCGAUCUGUGUGGAAGCAAGUUUCCAUUCAAAAAACGACUCGUGGUGCAUAUGAAAAAGAUGCACGCGGAAAAGAACAUCACGUGUGAUCAAUGUCAGAAAUCCUUCACGAGAUAUACCAUCGAAGAUCAUCGCCGAUCGGUGCAUAUGGCCCGGUUUGUGUGUGAGCACUGUCCGAAGACGUUCAAGAUUCGGUUCCGUUUGCAUAAACACAUGCAGGAACACGACAAAAGCUUACGCAUCGCCACGUCCGUGCCUUGUCCAAUCUGUGGCCAGGUGAUGGGCGAUAAAUACAUUCUCCGGCAGCAUAUCAAACACAUGCAUAACGAACAGCAAGCUGUCGACUGUGAGACAUGUGGAAAGAAGUUCAAGAACUAUCGCAACCUGAAGAUACACUUGACAAACGUGUGUAUGAAACCGAUCCAGCUGCAUCCGUGUGCGAUCUGUGGCAAGCAGUUCCGGCACAAGAAUAAGUUGAAAGAUCACAUGGCGUCCUGUACGCCAAAUUGAAGCGGCACGUUGUUACCUUCGAAUCAUACGACAACUGCAAUGGCUCAGAUGAUGUUGUUCGGGGUAUUUUAAAUUUGUGAUUUUUGUGGUUGCUGAAAGGCGCCGAUUCAAGUAAUUCUAAAUUUUUAUUUAUUGAUAUUCUAAUUUAAAUCAUAACCUUUUUAUGCUUAUUGAUAUGGAGCUAUAGUAGACGUGGUGAAGGUUGCUAAGGUCACAAAGAGCGUAAAUGUUUCUUCUUUCAAUCAUUCAUCUAUUCAAUCCCAGUGUAGUUUUACAGUAGUGUAGUAUUUAGUCCCAGUGUAGAUCCCAGUGAAGCAAAAUAAGAGGACAAUAUUCAAAGCGAAUAUUCAGACUGACUUCCAUUCCAUAUCCUGAAGAAUUAUCAGCCAUACUCAUCUGAAUUAACUGCAUGUAAGAAAUUUGUUUCCCUUCAUGAUUGAAACAUUAAGCAAAUUUAAAAGAUUUCCAUACUUUUUCUUUUCCUUUUAUCAAAAUAAUCAACAGUAGACUGAUUGUGGCUACGCCGUUGAAUAGCUUUUACAAAAGCAAAUGAUGAUAAGCAGCUUUAGAACAUUGUACAAAAAAUUUUCAGGUUACCCAUAGAAAACUCAUCAUGCCGUGACUACUGGAAGAAGAUUUUCGGUAUCAUUCCCUCCACUCGCGAGAGGUAUCAAAUAAGGCAACGUGGUUCAACAGUUUUCCCCAUACUAAUAUUAUACCAAUUUUCUGUUUCAGCUGAAUAAUAGGUACAAUCAAUGAUGUACAUAGUAGGCGAACACAUAGAAGUAGUUCAUAAGAGCUAUCUGUGAGCUAGGCUAGGGGCUUUGGAUUAAAGGGAGCGCUAUAGAGUUAGUGUCAGCUCUGAGUGUACAUUCUUCCUCAAAAACGCCGUUAAGAUAGUUCAUGCGCCUAACAGUUCACGACGUUAUGUGGUAAAACAAGUCUAGUAAGCUAGAACAACCAGGCAUGAUCUAAUAGGUUGUUACACGAA